ACAGCCAGCGUGCUUGGGUUUGCUUCUCUUGCUCAAAUAAACAAAAGCCUUCAGACAAGGAGAUUAAAAAAACACAAAAUGAGCCACCCAGCUCAAGAUCUGUUAAUUAUCUUUGAAGAUGAGGCAGAACAAUGGGCGACUUAUUUGAAAUCUGUUUUUUUGAAAAGCACCAGAGAAGAGAAUAUAUGCUUUUACAACAUUGGGACAGUUUCCAUCAGGAAGGAAGAAUUCCUGCAGCUCAGUCAAUACAAGUGUAAGCUGCUCAUCUUGACCAAGGGAAUGCUGGAUGGGCUCUGUCAAAUCAGGAAAUUCUUUCUGGCAAGAGUCCUACAACCUUCCAAAAGCGUAGUGAUACUGCUGUGUGGUGUGGAUAGCUUAAGCUCACUGUUUGAUAUGGUCCCCAUUGGAUCUGACUGUUUCCAGAUUUCAAGUGAUCAGGAUUCCAAGGAAUACUUGACCAUUGUUACCCAAAUUCUACAAGGUACACAGAGUUCUUUGCAAUCCAGUUCUCUAUCAGGAAGAGCAGCUGGAAAGGAAGUAAAGCUCAUAAAAAAAUAUUCUUCUGAGUCACCACCGGUCGGAUCAUCAGUGGUUGUCCUUCCUACUAGAAUACCAUGUGAGAAACCAGGGGAACUUUUUAUUUUGCUACAAGAUGUGGCAGUCCCAAAGGACACUGUGGUGGAAUUCCAUGGAAAUGAGCAGAAAAUAAAGGUCCAGCCUACAUUAUGGAAUGAGAAGACACUCUGUGUGAAAGCUUUAGCCUUUCCUCCAGGAACUGUUAAUGUCACAGUCUACAACAGGGGAACUGUUACAGGCAAGACACAAGUACAGUACUACAAUACAAUGGGAGAAAUAGCAGUGCUUCUUAAGAAAGCAGCAGAUCCCAUCAACUUCAUGUGGCAGGCAUUCCAGAUUUCUUCAACAGAAAAAUUAGACCAGUUGCUCUCCUCAUCACUGAGACAGAGGAUGCCCACAGGGGGAUUUGGGGUUCUUCAGCUUGAUGAGAGCAACAAAGGCUCUGAACAUUCAGAUGAUCUACCGACUCUCCUUCACUUUGCGGCAAAAAAUGGAUUGAAGAAUUUGGCCAGUCUGCUCUUACAAUGUCCUGGAGCUUACCAAGCUAUCAAAAUGAUGAAUAAAGACGGAGAUAACCCUCUGAAGCUUGCUGAGAAACACGGCCAUACAGAGAUGCAGAAACAUAUGCAAGAAACCCUGGAUAUGACACAGAGCAGCAGAAAUGAAGAAAAUGAAGACAGUAAUAUUUGUGGGCUGACGGGGUUGGACCCUGCGAAUCAUGAAAAAAACAACAAUGGAGAUGAUAUUCAACAAAAAACAGAAGAAGAAAAUGUUCAUGAAGAUGAAGAUGAAGAUGAAGAUCCUUAUGCUCCCCUUGGAGGCAAUGAUGAAGAGUAUGAUACGAUUCUGGUCUCAAACAAAUCAAUGUCAAUAAUUAACCGCCCACCUGCCCCAACCCCAAGACCUGAUGCAUCUCCGGUCAAGGAAGACAGUACACCAUUUAUAGCACAAGUAUUCCAAAAAAAGAUGUCUCAGGCCGACACUGGUUCACUGUAUUCUAUUUCUUCAAGGCAAGGUAAAGAAAGAGACAAUAUCUCUUCUACAUAUGACUCAUUUGCCCCUUACCAGCACUCUGGUUUGGAGGAGCUGAUUGAACUUCAGGAAAAAGUAAAAAGGGGAUCGCUUACAAUGGAUGAAGCUUUGGACAGAUUCAAUGAGUGGCAGAAGAUGCAAAAAGGAUUGGAUGCAUUGCAGCAGGUAAAAUUGCAACAGCUGAGGGCGAGUAUUAUCAACAACAGAGAAGAUGAUGACAAUGUCUACGAUAAAAUUAACAUCAUCCAUCAUACACCAGUAGGUAUGAGUGACUCUGGGCAGGGAAGCCAAACUGCAGAGCAGGAUUUCUACAGCAAGCCCUUCAAAGGCCAUCAGUCUCAUUUCUUUGGGAAAUCUGAUAAACGAUAAAUGACUACUGCAAAGCUGGAACAAAACAAAUGAAAGCUGACUGCGAAUGUACUUCUGUAUAAAAUUACUAUACACAAUGUUACAAUGAUUUUUACACUGAAUCUUUAUAUUAUUUGCAACACAACUAUCUUAAUGAUUUGUAUUAAAAACAAAUUAAUCAUUUUUAACAAAAAAUAUAGUUUUUAACUUUUAAUAGCAUAUAUGUUAGUAUAUGAAUGUGAGUAGGACAAAUACAUUCUCCUCAUAGUUUUAGUGUUACAUUUUUUGUUUAAAGUUAAAAUGUUGUUUCUGUUCAUUUCUGUUUAUUCAUGAGUAUUCACCAUUAUUUUUAGAACCAGUAGAAUUUUUCUUAUUUGUGUGUUUUAUUAUUGUAAGGAUCAGUGAAUCUGUGUGAUAAACAUUUUCCUUGAACAUUUAUAACAUAUUACCAUAAUAAAAUGCUUGUAUAUCUUAUCAUUGUUUUUCUUUUUUCUUCCAUUUUUAAACACUGAUCUG